AAGACUGCCUAAUUUUCAUGACAGUUUGAAAGUGGCAAUCAAGAAAGACCCAGGUCAAGUGCCAGCCCCUCUGUGAAUACAGGAUCGCAAUCUGGACAUUCAACCUUUCACAAGCUCCUCACUAGAUUAUAAACUCCUUAUGGGUGCUCAAGAACAGUGAUGGCAAACUUCAAGGGCCAUGCUCUCCCAGGGAGUUUCUUCUUGAUAGUUGGACUGUGGUGGUCGGUGAAGUACCCACUAAUAUACUUCCGCCAGAAGGGGAAGAGCAGCCAACUGACUCAUUACCAUCAGCGUCUUGAGAUCAUUGAAGCUGCGAUCAGAACUUUGUUUUCAGUUGUUGGGAUCCUGGCAGAGCAGUUCGUCCCAGACGGGCCCCACCUCCACCUGUACCAUGAAAACCAGUGGGUAAAGCUAAUGAAUUGGCAGCACAGCACCAUGUAUUUGUUCUUUGCCGUCUCGGGAAUCAUGGAUAUGCUCACCUAUCUCAUCACCCACGUCCCCCUGGGGCUGGACAGAUUGGUUAUGGCUGUGGCAACAUUCACCGAAGGUUUUCUCUUCUACUACCACGUCCAUAACCGGCCGCCCUUGGACCAGCACAUCCACUCCCUGCUGCUGUGUGCAGUGUUCGGAGGGGCUUUCAGCAUCUUCCUAGAAGUGAUCCUCCGGGACAAUAUUGUGCUGCAACUUUUCCGAACCAGUCUUGUGAUUCUCCAGGGCACCUGGUUCUGGCAGAUCGGGUUCGUGCUGUUCCCACCUUCUGGAGAACCCGAAUGGGACCAGAAAGAUGACGCAAACAUCAUGUUCGUCACCAUGUGCUUCUGCUGGCACUACUUGGCUGCCCUCUGCAUUGUGGCCAUCAGCUACUCUCUGGUGUACUGCCAUCUGACUCGGUUUAAGAGGCAUGGAGGAGAAAUCAUUGGCAUUCAGAAGCUGAAGUCAGAUCCCACUUACCAGACGUCCCUCUUGGGUGGCUCAGAUGAGGAAUGAGAGGCCACCAGCCAUCGACGUGGGGCGCACAUGCCCCUCCGAGUCCGAAUAGCUGGCGUGUGCGAAGGGGAGGCUCAUCUCCCUUUCAAUGCUUGCUCUGGUCUGCUCUUAAGGUUUUACAGAUUAAGGUUCUAUAUAUUUGCACCUUCUCGUUUAACUAAAGUCUGUGUUGCUGCGGUAUCCUUCAUAAAGAAAAAUGAAGCAAGCCUUCGGUUGUGUCUCAGUAUGAAGACAGAUCAAAGACUCUCGAAGUUUCAGAACAGGAUGUGGCCUCAUGGAGAAAUCCAGGAUAUGAAUCCGGCAGAAAAUACCGCUUUUGGUAACCUAUCCCCUUUUUUCUCUCAAGAAUACAGGUACUUUCUUAUCAGAAAAUAAGUAAAUGAGACUGCCUUUAUUUUAAAGAUACAAUUCCAGCACAGAUUUUUAAGUAAAAAAGUUCACAAGCUUUGGUACAUUAAAUGUCAUCUGUUAAGCAUUUCCUAUUUAACCAGUAAUACUCCAGAGUACUGCAAUACCACUGAUAAGUGAUGACACUGGGCCAAAGGUGACUUUUGUUUUGUUUUUAAAUCAGGAAGCUAGUUAAUGGCCCAGCUGAGAGCUGGAAUACAGAUAUUCUGGGUCCUCAGAAGUACCCUAAUCAGAAGAUGCUAACAGAAAGUCUGUGUAAUGAGGUAGCGAAAAAAGUGGCAGGUUAUAAAGACCUUGAAUUUAAAUACAGCUGAAAGCAAAGGGUAAAAAUCCUGCAAAGGGUAAGAAUCCUGCAAAGGAUGUGGACCUUGAACUAGUAAUAUAAAGUCUUGACACUCUAA